GUCACACGUACGAGAGAGAUGUUUGCUUGUGUUGUCUCCGUGUAUUCCUAUCGAUUUUUCAUGAUUUAUUAGUGUUUAGUUGAAUCUCGUUACUGCCGGAAUCAGUCGUGUGUCUUGCGCCCCUCAGGUUGUGAUUCUUCACGGUUACGAUGUCGACGAAAAUUGAAGAAGCUUUAGAACACAUCAAAACAGCUCAGAAAUACCUGAAGACGUCUGUGCUCCGCUGGAAACCGGACUUCGAUUCGGCUGCCGAUGAAUUCUGUCAAGCAGCUCAGUGCUACCGUAUCGCUCGGGACCUGAAGCAAGCCAGGGACUGCUACUACCGCGCUUCAGAGAGCUAUAAGAAGAACAGGUCGUUCUUCCACGCGGCUAAAGCUUUGGAGCAAGCCCUGCUCGUCGGCAAGGAGCUCAGCAAUGCUGACGAGCUGUUCAACUUGGCACUGGAGGCCUCUAGCCUGUACCAGCAGCAUGGGUCCGGGGACAGCGCCGCCGGACUCUUGGACAAGGCCGGUCGCAUCCUAGAGCAGGACACACCCCAGCUAGCCGUGAAGCUGUACCAGCAUGCUGCCGAUAUUUCUGCCAACGAGAGCAGCCAGCAUCAGGGCAUCGAGUACAUAAGCAAGGCGUCCAGAUUGUUGGUUCGUCUCGAACGCUACGACGAGGCUGUCGAUAAUUUGCGUCGCGAGAUCGGGUUCCAUCUUGAAGCGAAUAACUUGCCGGCCGUGGGCAGACUGUGCGUGGCCAUCGUGCUGGUACAACUGGCCCGCGGCGAUACCGUCGCUGCCGAGAAGAGCUACAAGGAAUGGGGCGGUCACUGCGAAAUGGCCGAAGUGCAGACGUUGGAUCAGCUGCUCCAGGCCUACGACGAAGAGGACCCGGAUUCCGCCCGCAAGGCUCUCCGUUCCCCGUUCAUCCGCAGCAUGGACGUGGAGUACUCCCGCCUGGCUAACUGCAUCCCGCUUCCGGAGCCACUGGACCCGAUGAUGCGGGCCGGAGUGCGAGAGAACGCCGCGCCGUCGUACGUCAGCCCUAACGCCAGUACAUCCGCCUCGGUGGAACAUCAUCGUGCCUACGACGAGGAGAAUGAGGAAUCUCCCUACGAGCCCGUCACUUACGGCCCCAAGAAGAUCGAGGAAGAAGACGAAGACGAGGAGCUCUGCUAAAUCAAUUACGUAAUAAACCCGUUUCCUUAACAUCCGCUUCCCGAAUACAAACCUUUAGACCACACACAUAACCCAGAAACUUUUAGGCGAGGAAGGCGUUAAUGAAUUCGAGUGGUGCUUCUUCCUUUGAGAAAUUUAUCGGAGGAGGAACUUAGUGAUGGAUUAUGAGCUGUAACUGUAAUUUAUUGACGACACACAAACGUGACACAAGUUUUUUUUUUUUCGUUACAUGUCGAGUCAGCAAUGUAUAGCGCAGAAAACGCUAAGAGUCAAUAGUCGCACGGGUUGCGUGAUUUUAAAUUUUUGUGUUGCCAUUACAUUGAUUGAUUUGAAUCCAAAUGUGAUGUUGUAUGAUUAUUGUUUAAUCUCAUACGAUUUCUUUCUGUGAUACAUGAAUUAUGUACCUUAUUUUAUUUCGUUUAAUUAAAACACACGCCGUAAUUUGAAUAUAAUUUUACGUUUGCCAUCGAAAACACUACCGUCACAUAAUCGUACCAUAUCGUCUGAUAUGUGUUCCAACCUCUUAUCUAUCUUGCGUAUUCUGUAAAAUCGUAAUGUUAAAGCGAAACGGGUUAAUAUACUAGUUACAUUCCUCAGCUUAAGUAAUUACGCCCAUAGCGAUUGAAACCUUCACUUUGAAUGUAUUCCGUAAUCAAAUAUUAUUAGAUAUUAGUAUAAGGGGAUAACGCCGUACAUAAUUGUAUUACCGUAACGAAAUCUGGCAACGCGUCAUUGUCUCAUAUCGGAUGACGUCAUUAAUCUUGUGAUUGUGUUGUUUAGUGCAAUAUGCUAUUGAUCCGGCGGUUCCCGAACAUAUGUUAUCAUUAAUCUUUAACAUUUAAUCAUGUAAGUGUAUGUUUAGAAGAUGCAUCCUUUUGUUUAUUUAAUUGUUUUGAUAGUUAAUUAACGAUACUUUUCAUAUAUGAUUCUUUGUAUGCUCAGUUUUUGUAUAUUAAUUAUAUUUAUGUACUUUUUUUUAAAUAAUUAAGUAAGUUGUUAAGUUUUUAAUCGGUAAUAGAAUCUUAAAUAGAACGACACUGUCCUAAAUUCAGCCAGGCUAAGCGCAUUUAUACGAAUCGUUAAUCGAACUAUUAUUCAGUUGUGGUCUAUGGAUUUCCAUUGACCAUUCAACAUCUCGAGAUUAAUGCGACAAAUAUUAUAUACAACACCGUCCGUUCAAUUCAGACCGUCAUCGACGACUAGUAAGUCGAUUAUGCGAUCGUAUGCAUGUGGUUAGCCCGAGCGUAACAACAGCAACUACAGUGAAUUUGUUUGCAUAACUUUAAAAAAAAACUACUGCUGUAGCGUUGACAAUAAAGAAACGUCAAACUUCAACUGCCUAUUUAGAACUAAGAACGAGUCUGAAAACACGCACAAAAAGCGUAGAUAUCGCUUAACGUGGCAAAAGGAUAUAACGUUUUGUCUUUUGUAUUUGGCGUUUCAGCCGCUGCCUUUGAAACAGUAAGACUCGAUAAAAAACUUAAAUAGCAAGUAUCGUAAUCGUUUGAGCGUAGUAAGAUUUCGUUCGUAUGUAUUUGAUACUUUAGCCGCGGCUAACGUUUACAGCUAAGGUUUAGCGAGACAAUUGCUGGAUUUACAAAUGGAAGAUUAUUGUGCAUUUUACGAUACUAGAAUUUUUUUUUCUUAUCGACAAAAUUAUUUGAGUGGCAAUAAAACUUUUAAAAUCCGAGUAUGUAGCUAUCAGGACUACAUAAUCACAUUUCAGCAACGACUAACUUCAGAUUGUUCUAUUCAAAUGCACAAUAAUCGACGGACACAUAUUUAAGACUCUAUUCAUGUAAUUUUUUAAUAUGAAAUGCAUCAUUAAUAUAAUAUGAAACAAUGUAAUAUUAACCACGCAUCAGUGGGAUAUCUAUAGUUCAAGUUCAAUUUGCCGCGUUCAGUAAGUGCAGGCGUCAGUUUUAAUGAUGUAUAAGUAAAGUGGAGAGCCCACUAUAUGUUCACUUUUAUUAGUAAUAAAUGUAAUCAAUA